UCAGAUUCAACGACUGGAUGCAGAAAAACUUAAAUGUGAACAAACAGUCAAUAAAACUUUUCAACACAUUGAAGGUAUGUGCCCAGCCAUAUGGGACGGGGCUUUAUGUUGGUUUAAUACAUUGAACAAUACAAUUGCUAGACAACAAUGUCCUGAAUAUAUUGAUGGCUUCAAUCAUAAUGGCACUGCAUAUAAGUAUUGCACAAAAAAUGGUACAUGGUACUUUCACGAUAAAGCAAAUAGUACCUGGACAAAUUACACUGAUUGCAUUCCUAAUCAUCAUCAUUAUAAUAAUAAUAAUGAAUUGAGCUUAAUGUUAAUUCCACAUAUUGAAAAUUUUCGUAUUAUCUCAAAAAUUGGUUACUCUGUAUCGUUUGUUACACUAUUGAUGGCUUUCAUAAUAUUAACAUUUGUCAAGCGUUUGCGAUGUCCGCGAAAUAAUCUACAUUUACAGCUAUUUAUGUCAUUCAUGAUCCGGUCGUUUAUGUUUUUGACAAAAUCAUCAGUUGAUUCAAACCGUUCCCAACAAAACUGGUUGUCCUUAUUAUCGCAAACCGAUACCAGCCUAUCGUUUGUGGCCAACAAUUCAACCAUCACUGAUGAUGCAUUUUCAUGUAAACUAUUUACAACUAUAUGGCAUUAUUCAUUGGUAGCCAAUUAUAACUGGAUACUUAUGGAAGGACUAUAUUUACAUAAUUUAAUAUUUUUGCACAUUUUUAACGAUAAUUCAAGCAUAAGAAAAUACAUUAUAAUUGGAUGGGGUUUGCCUGUAUUAUUCAUAAUUCUCUGGGUAAUUACGAGAGCUUUAUACGAGGAUACAUUAUGUUGGACUACCAAUGAAGUUAUGAAAAUAUUUUGGAUAAUAAGAGGUCCUAUUACUGCCACAAUAAUACUAAACUUUAUAUUCUUCAUUAAUAUCACUCGUGUACUGUUCCUGAAGAUGUUUUCGUCAUCGGCGGUCAAUACGGUUCGCCAAUACAAGUAUAGGACAUGGUUUAAGUCGACAUUUAUUUUGGUCCCAUUGUUUGGCGUUCACUAUAUGUUUCUAUUAGUAUUCAAUUCACUGUCGGCCCUAUCCUACGAUAUCAUUGAGAUUAUAUGGCUUUACAUUGAUCUACUGUUUUCAUCAUUUCAGGGAUUUUUUGUGGCACUUCUAUACUGUUUUUUCAACGGCGAAGUCCAGGUAGAGCUACAUAAGCUGUGGAAAACAUGGAAUCCGUGCGAUAACCGCAAGUGGCCGGCAUCGGGAUCGGGAUACCAGUCCAACAACAACCAUACCAACAACAAUAGCCACUCGACAGCAACACAUAUGUCGUAUCUGACCCAAUCGUUAAGCUAUUUUAGUCGGGCCGGCGGCCGAAACUCGUGUUUCUCGACAGUGGCCGUCGACCAGAACGGAGCAGCAGUGGUUACGACAACACAAUCGGGCGGAUCGUCGCCGACAAUAUCCCGAAAAUUGAGGCCAUCGUUUGAGGCCAUUCAGCUCAAUGAGUCUCAACAGCAGCAGCUCAGGGAUGUGAAAACUACUACUACAACUACUACUAGUACUACUGUUACUACCGAUACUGUAGUUAUUAGGACUGACAGCGAUAUGAAUAAUUCAAUGGUUAUUGUUUAUAAUAAUAAUAACAACACCAAUUGA